CAGAUCACAUCGACAUAUAGAGAGCGAUCGAGAGAGAGAGAGUGUCGUGGUGGUGUAGUGAGUGAGUGAUAGGACAACGAGAAGAUCUCGGUGUCAAACUUAGUGCCCUGGUGGAACGAUGGUGCAAUGGACGUUGAUCUGGGCCGGCAUCGGUGCCCUGAUGGCUGCAUCCGGCGCCCUGCUCGGUUGGGUCGUAUUUCCUCGAGCCGUGCACGAGAAAAUCAUCGAGAACACAGAACUGAGGCAAGGCACGGAUCAAUACAAACGGUGGGAGGCUCUGCCUCAGCCGCUAGAUUUUAAGGUCUACAUUUUCAACGUCACCAACCCGUACGAGGUGAUGCAAGGACGCCGACCGAAAGUGGUGGAAGUCGGACCGUACGUGUAUUUCCAAUACCGCCAGAAGGAUAACAUACGGUUCAGCCGUGAUCGUUCCAAAGUCCACUUCAGUCAGCAACAGAUGUAUGUUUUCGACCCGGAAUCGUCGUAUCCUCUCACAGAGAACGAUGACCUGACGGUGUUGAACAUGCACAUGAAUUCGAUUCUGCAAAUCGCCGAAGACGAAACGUACGACAGCCUGCGGUUGAUUAACGCCGAGCUGAACCGCAUUUUUGGCCGACCGGACACGAUGUUCCUGCGGACGACACCGAAGCAGUUCCUGUUCGAUGGUGUGCCAUUUUGCGUGAAUGUGAUCGGCAUCGCGAAGGCGAUCUGUAAGGAGAUCGAGAAGCGCAACACCAAAACCAUCCGCACUAUGCCGGACGGUAGCCUGCGGUUUUCGUUCUUCAGUCAUAAAAAUAUGACCGACGACGGGAUGUUUACGAUCAACACCGGCAUCAAAGACCCGUCCCGGACGCAGAUGAUUGAGAUGUGGAACGGCCGGACGACGUUGGAUGUGUGGAAUAAUCGAAGCACCGGGUUGACGUCGUCCUGCAACAAAAUCUUCGGCACGGACGGGUCCGGUUAUCCACCGUUCCGUACCGGCAUCGAUCGGAUGACCAUUUUCAGCACGGAUAUCUGCCGCACGGUGGACAUCAAGCUGACCGGAACGUCCUCUUAUGAAGGCAUUCCGUCGUUGCGGUACGAGAUCGAUGGAAAUUUCCUGCACGAAAUCGGUCCUGAGUACGGUAACGAGUGCUAUUGCGUGAAUAAGAUACCUAAGUCGAUCGUUCAAGCCAACGGUUGUCUCUACAAGGGAGCGUUGGAUCUUUCUAAUUGUUUCGAUGCGCCCGUCGUGUUGACGCUUCCUCAUAUGCUGGGAGUUGCCGAGGAGUACACUGCACUGAUCGACGGCAUGGACCCUGAGCCGGAACGUCACCAGAUCUUCGUGGAUGUGGAACCGUACACCGGGACGCCCUUGACCGGCGGGAAAAGGGUACAGUUCAACAUGUUCCUGCGCCGGAUCGAUGCCAUCAAGCUGACCGACCGGUUGCAACCGACGCUGUUUCCGGUUAUCUGGAUCGACGAAGGUAUCGCACUGAACGAGGACAUGGUUAAGCUGAUCGAUGACAGCCUCAUGAAGGUGCUCAGCCUGCUGGACAUCGUGCAAUGGGUGUUGAUCGGGGUAGGCCUCCUUCUGGCCAUCCUGAUGCCAAUCGUAUACUUCGCCAAACGGUGCAGAGGAGACGGAAGCCGAAACAUUAGUCCUGCUGUAACGGCAACCACGAGUGCUGCCAGCCUCUCAACGGCGGCAGCGGGUGUUCCUGGCAAUCGAAUGAAAUGACCCUCGCUGGCGAUGCUCAGCUUGGACUGAUGCAUAGGCUGUCGCCAACGGAAGCUGUCCCCAACCGCUCCCCAGGCUUGGUGAGAUUGGUCCGUCUGGCGGUCGCAACCUUUAUUCUGGUGCCAAUGAGAUGUGCGUGCGUGUACGAGAGACCUUGGUGGGAGAAAAUACGUCAGAACUGUUACACGUGGGGACGAAUCACGUGCUUCCAUCAAACUGAGUCACAAAACCGAUUCCGUCCAUUUACGAUCGGGUUGUUACGUAUGAUUCGAGUAUUGAAAUAGCUAUCGCCGUUUGGUAUACGUUCGCGUCUGAUGAACGUAUUUGUUUUCUUUUUUAAUGAAUGUGAUUUACCGUAAGUGCAUUACUGUAAGCAAAAAAUAAAAGAUAUACAUUUUCCAACAAA